GUUUCAUCUGAUUUCAUCAUUCAUUCCUUCGAUUCAGGAAUUCGGAUUCUCGCGUUCAGCCACAAUCGAAUCAUGGCAUCAAUCGUCGUACCGGCGGUAUUUCGGUUUAGUCGUGUAACGGCCGAUAAUUUCUAUCAAAUAAAUAAAAAUGGCUUACGCAGGUUGCCACAAGUAUCCUCUGCAUUUUCUUGGCAGAGGCAAUAUUUUGGCACAAUAACGGAAGAAAAGAAACCAGUUACUGAUGCACCUCCUAUAUUAGAAGCAACAGAGAAUGAAAAGAAACUGAAAACUGAACUGGAGCUUAUUAACAAAGAGUUAGCUGAACUUAAGGAGUCUAAAGAUACAUUGGAAGAUAAAUAUAAGAGAGCAUUGGCAGAAGGAGAAAAUAUCAGAGUCAGACUCACCAAGCAGAUUAACGACGCCAAACUUUUUGGUAUUCAAGGCUUCUGUAAGGAUCUUUUAGAUGUAGCCGACAUAUUGGGUAGAGCUACUGAAAGUGUACCAAAAGAUGAGAUAACAGAGCAAAAUCCACAUUUGAAAAGUUUAUAUGAGGGUUUAGUCAUGACAGAAGCUCAGUUACAUAAAGUUUUCAAGAAACAUGGCCUAGUUUCAUUGAAUCCAGUAAAUGAAAAGUUCGAUCCUAAUGAACAUGAAGCAUUAUUUCAACAAGAAGUUGAGGGCAAGGACCCUGGCACAAUUGUAAUUGUAUCGAAAGUAGGAUACAAAUUGCACGAAAGAAUAGUGAGACCAGCAUUAGUAGGUGUUGCUAAGGGAUAACUAAUGUAAAGAUAGAUAGAGCAUCCAUUUUAUGAUAAAUUGUAAAAUCCUACAAAGUUCAGUAUAAAAUAUUGCUGUACAUUGUAAUUUCCUUUUAA